GCUGGCACCACCCAGGGCCCUGUCUUGGUCCCAUCACCUCCUGAAGAGGGACUUUGCUGCGGGCCUGCUGAUGGGCCUCGCAAGAGGAAGACGUUGCUGCCCUGGCCGUUUGCUCGCAGGCACACCUCGGCCAACGGGGGCUGCCCAGGGCAGCCGCAGGCUGGCCUCAGGAGCCCUCUCUUUGGGCAGCCUCUGGCAAGGCUUUGCGCGGAAGAGGAGAGCCUGCCCCAGCCGGUCCAGGAUCUCCUGGCCAUAUUGUACAGGGAAGGACCUGCCAGCGAGGGCAUAUUCCGCAAAGCUGCCAAUGAGAGGGCCCGCAGGGACCUGAAGGAGGCCCUCAACCAAGGAGGGCCCGUGGAGCUGGAAAGCAAGCCCGUGCACCUCCUGGCAGUCGUCUUGAAGGACUUCCUCCGCAGCAUCCCCUCCACACUGCUGUCAGCGGCCCUGUAUGAGAAGUGGAUGCUGGCUCUGGACAAGCCAAGCAGGGAGGAAAAAAUUGCAGAAUUGAGAGAGGUGGCGGACCAGCUGCCCCGGCCACAUGUCCUCUUGCUCAAGCCUUUGCUUGCUGUACUCCACCGCAUCAGCCAGAGCGCACACACCAACAGGAUGGACUCCAGCAAUCUUGCCAUCUGCCUUGGGCCCAGCCUGCUCAGCCCAGGCACGGAGAGCACGCUGCCGCUGCAAGUGCAGAUGGAGAUGAACAGCAAGGUGACGGUGCUGGUGGCGUUCCUCAUUGACAACUGCACAGCAGUGUUUGGCGAGGACAUGGCCUUUCCCGGCAGCCCCGCUGCCGACGAGUCCCCCGAGCACACCGGCAGCUCCACAGCACACCCAGCUGCUGCUCAAGAAGAUGCUGCUGCCCACCACAGCCCAGAGCCUGAAGCCCCAGAUCUCCGCCGGAUGGCCAGGAGCUCCUCAGAGCCAGCCCUGUCCUUCCAGAAGCCCUCGGAAGGCAGCAGCAGGCACCAGAAGCGGAGCAGAAGCGCGCACAACGUUGCUGUUGGGCAGCAAGAGCUGAGCUUGGAGCACGAGGCCCUGGAGAAACAGCCCGCUGUGUUGCCUGCCCGAUCCUCCAGCGGCGCUCCACCCCAGUCCUCCUCCAGGCACUCCCUGGAGACCUGCUUCCCUGCUUCCCACGGCCCCUCCCUCAUCCACCCGGGACCUGCUGCCCUUCCCUCUCCCUGCUUGCGGGCCGCAAGAACCAUCUGA